GGAGGAGGAGGAGGAGGAGAAGCGCAGAGCCACCGCGGCUCCUCCGCCGGCGGCUGCGGGAGCGGCGGCUCCGCCUCGCUCGGGAGGCGGCGGCGGGGAGCGGCGGGGAGCGGGCAGGGGGCGGCCGGGGGGCCCUGGGCCGGCGGGGGCAGCAUGCCGGCCGGAGAGGGGGCCAAGGAGGAGGAGGAAGAGGGGGCGCCGCCGCCCGGCCGCCCCGCCGCCCUGCUGCGGUGGGACGAGGUGCCCGAGGACUUCGUGGAGUGCUUCAUCCUCUCGGGGUACCGGCGGCUGCACUGCUCGGCGCAGGAGUGCCUGGCCUCGGUGCUGCAGCCCACCAACGAGACGCUCAACUUCUGGACCCACUUCAUCCCACUGCUGCUCUUCCUCAGCCGCUUCGGGCGGCUGCUGCUGCUGCGGGGCGCAGGGGACGUGCCCUUCCACCACCCGGCCCUGCUGCCCCUCUGGUGCUACGCCUCGGGGGUGCUGCUCACCUUCGCCAUGAGCUGCACGGCCCACCUCUUCAGCUGCCUCUCCCCACGCCUCCGCGCUGCCUUCUUCUACCUGGACUACGCCUCCAUCAGCUACUACGGCUUCGCCAGCACUGUGGCCUACUCCUACUACCUGCUGCCGGGCCUGAGCCUGCUGGACGCCGGUGCCAUGAGCCACUACGUGCAGCAGCAACUGGGCUGGCAGCUGGACUGCAGCCUGCCCAUCGCGGCCUAUCGCGCCCUGGUGCUGCCUGUGGCCCUGGCGCUGGCCGUGGGCUGCACGGCCGCCUGCUGCCGCAGCCGCGCUGCCUGCUGCGCCUACCCCUUUGCCGUGCGCACCUUCGUCUUCGCCAUGCCGCUGAGCAUGGCCUGCCCCAUCAUGCUGGAGAGCCUCCUCUUCGACCUCCGCACCCGCAACCCUACGCUCUUCGUCUACUUCUACCGGCGCUACUGCUGGCUGCUGGUGGCCGCCUUCUUCAACAUCAGCAAAAUCCCUGAGCGGAUCCAGCCGGGGCUUUUCGACAUCGUGGGGCACAGCCACCAGCUUUUCCACAUCUUCACCUUCCUCAGCAUCUACGACCAGGUGCACUACGUGGAGGAUGGGCUGGCCGAGUUCCUCAAGGCAUCUCCGGCUGCUCCCACCUACUUGGGCACCGUGGGGUAUAUGCUGCUGCUGACGCUCUGCCUGGCCGUGGUGGUUAGGAGGUUCCUCAAUGUCGCAGACCUCUGCAAGCAGGACUGAUCAUGCCGGUGACCACCCCACCAGCAACCCUCGGGCUGGAGACCCUUCAAGCCAGUGACCUUCAGACUGGCAACCCUCAGACUGGCCCAAGCGUGUCUUCGAGAUGCUAUGAAACCUGGGGGAAACGCCUGUGGAAGAGCCAGGUCCCUUUCGUGGAAGGUUGCUAGAGAAAAUGACCAUGGUGGAAAUACUCAUGCUCGUUAAACUACUAUGUUACCAGGGGAAGCAAGCAAACGCUUACUGGUAUGUUGCUGCUUAGAGCAUAAGCUGAAAUAAUUUAGUUCUGCUACUAGGAAGAAUGCAUGAACUGGGAAUGCCACUUACUAGUUUCAUAACAAUUAAGUUUAAACUAGCUAUGUAUAUACAUAUAUAUAUAUAUGUUUAUAUAUAUAGCUAUAUAUUUAUUAGCUACAUAUAUAUAUGUGUAUAUAUAUACAUCUGAAGACACACUUGUGCAAUGAUUACUCAUAGACUUUUAAUCAACUCCUGUGUGAAAUUUCCUAGCAGAUUAUGCACUGACAUUUAUUUUCCUCUGUGAUACUGUAACAGGCCUUUGUAGCCACAUACUGGAUUUUAAAUGCAAACAAAUUAAUAGCUAUCAAUAGUUUUUAAGGUCUUGCAGCCUUUUUAGCCAGGGAACAUAACGGAUUUAAUAGAGAGCAAAAACAGCUGUGAAUUAUUACAGAAUUACCAGUUGAUGGAGAGACUUUAAUUAGACAGGCAGUGAAGCUUGAGUAGUUUGUG